GCAUAGCGAUUUCGCGGGUUUUUUCAUGUGCAUAUACUAGCUCGGCUGGGUCUAUCUGUACAGAAUUGGGGACUGAGAUGGCAUGGGAUGGGAAAGUGGAAACAUUGCUUUUUGAAUUUCCAAGGAGCCUAUAUGGCGGGGUGUGUAUCUGGCAGUCAUUUUGUGCAUAUCUACAUGACUGUGUGCUGGGAGUUACGGUUGCUGUUCACUUAUUCUACAUUUUCCUUCUUCGCUUCGAUGAAGAUAUUGGCACUGAUUCCGUGUACGAUACAUAAUGCCUCAAUAUAGAAAGACUUCUACUUUACUAAGACAGGAGGUGAGAUGAGACCCGAAGCCGG